GAAGUCUGAGUCCCCCAUCUUCUAGCACGUCGUUUUCUUGCUGUUCCUGUCUUCUGGAGCCAAAAAAUGUGGCUCAAAGGCCGCUUGGGACCUGGCUGGGGAUGUGAGAAACUCUGUUGAGCCCCUGACCAGAAAGAGUGGGGGAUGCGGGAUGUGCUCCACCUGGAUUGUAUCAUCUGCCUCUGACACUUGGUGGCAUCCCUGAGCCUGUGGCUCUCUUCUGCCACUCCUUCAAGAAGCAAAGCUGAGCUGCAUGCACACAACCCUCUCUACCAGCAAGGAACACGAACUUCCCGGGUACACAUGGCAAACUAAAGCUUAAAAUACGUUGGGUUCCAGAAUGGGCGUCAGGAGAAAGCAACGUUCCCAUUUACAGCUGAGUAACAGGAGCCACAAGGUAUGUCUGACUCAAAAGUUCAGGCUCUCGAUGACUGUGCGGUGCUGCCCAGUGUGUCUUCUUCAAUGUAACCUCAGGACCUAGAACAGCACCUUGCAUGUGCUCUCAGGUGGUUACUCUGAUGGCCUCAUGGUCCUGCCUGAAACAGAAAGUCUGCCACCUACUUCUGUAGCAGCAAGACUCCUGUUCUGUGGCUAAGCUUCCUGCCUGUGCAAGAGCCACAGGGAGGGGCCAAAUGCAUGCCACUGGGGCCACGCCUCCUGGUAAAGACAUAAAUAGUGAUCCUCGGGACUGGUCAUCAGAGCUCCCCUGCCUUCACCAUGAAGUCCUGCGGCCUUUUACCUUUCACGGUGCUCCUUGCUCUGGGGAUCCUGGCACCCUGGACUGUGGAAGGAGGCAAAAAUGAUGCUAUCAAAAUCGGAGCCUGCCCUGCUAAAAAGCCUGCCCAGUGCCUUAAGCUUGAGAAGCCACAAUGCCGUACUGACUGGGAGUGCCCGGGAAAGCAGAGGUGCUGCCAAGAUGCUUGCGGUUCCAAGUGCGUGAAUCCUGUUCCCAUUCGCAAACCAGUGUGGAGGAAGCCUGGGAGGUGCGUCAAAACUCAGGCAAGAUGUAUGAUGCUUAACCCUCCCAAUGUCUGCCAGAGGGACGGGCAGUGUGACGGCAAAUACAAGUGCUGUGAGGGUAUAUGUGGGAAAGUCUGCCUGCCCCCGAUGUGAGCCUGAUCCCUGACAUUGGCGCCGGCUCUGGACUCGUGCUCGGUGUGCUCUGGAAACUACUUCCCUGCUCCCAGGCGUCCCUGCUCCGGGUUCCAUGGCUCCCGGCUCCCUGUAUCCCAGGCUUGGAUCCUGUGGACCAGGGUUACUGUUUUACCACUAACAUCUCCUUUUGGCUCAGCAUUCACCGAUCUUUAGGGAAAUGCUGUUGGAGAGCAAAUAAAUAAACGCAUUCAUUUCUCUAUGCA